GAGGAGGAGGAGGAGGAGGGCUCCCAGAGGCCCUGCCCGCAUCCCCGUCCCUCCCCGUCCCUCGGGGCCACAGCUGCUGGGAUGAGCCCCCGCGCUGCCCUGUGGCUGCUGCUCGUCCUGCCAACAGCCGUGCAUGGCCAGACGCCCAGCCCCCUGCCCACCUUCACCCCGAUGAAGAGCUUCCACCACGACCAGUUCCAGGGGGAGUGGUUUGUCCUGGGCCUGGCGGGCAACAACUACAGGAAGAAGGACAAGGCCCUGCUGAAGCCGUACAUCACCACCAUCGUGGCGGACGACAAAGGCCAGCUCCAGGUGUCCAGCGCCAUGAAGCGGGGCAAGCGCUGUGACACAUGGUCCUACGUGAUGGUCCCGGCCGAGCAGCCAGGCCAGUUCACCGUAGAACACAAAGGCUCCACGGCCGACCAAGAGGCCAUGCGGGUGAUAGACACCGAUUACACCAAGUUUGCCUUGAUGCUGUCGCUCAGGCGGACUGGCAGCCGGACCAUCAUCCGGGUCAGCCUCCUGGAUUCCAAGAUGGUGUCGACCAGGGAGAAGCUACACAGGUCUGUCUUAGUGGAUACGUGGGUGAUGGAGGAGGUCUCUGGCUUUGGGCUGGCCUUCCUGCCCCUUGGUGUCCACACAGCCUCAAGCAUUAGUACCGAGGGGGCUGGUGCCUGGGACCAAGCCCGGAGCGUAAGCUACCCCGUCCACAACCCAGAAGGGCCAGGCAGGGCUGCCAUGCAGGAUGCGAGGUCCGGCCAGGACCACUGA